CGCGGAGGUAGUAUUAAUUUUCGUACAAAGUGCAGUGAUUCGUCAUUUUCUGCCUAAAUAAACAACCCCACAUCACUCCACCGCCACCGACGGCUACCUCUGCUACUGCUAACGACGACUACUUUCAGGUGUAAAAAUGGCUGAUAUAGAACAACAUGUAAGAGUUGCAUUAUACUGGGGUGGUAAAACAAUUCAUGAUGCAGACACGGUUCGAUAUAGUUGUGGGCCUCGUGUUUUUGUUAAACUUCCGGUAUCUCUAACGUAUGCUCGUUUGGUUAAACUAUUGCAUCAAAAUAUGGUCUCCAGCAUUGAAGACGUAAAACUUGUUAUUUCUGGAAGGUUUCCAUAUUCAGUGGUUGGUCAUAGUGUUUGUUACACAGAAAUGCCUAUCGUUGGCGAUGAAUCUUUGCAAGAUUUUCUUGUGGUGCCUGAUACGGUUCGAUCUUUUAUGGCAUUAAUUUUGCUUGAGAUGUACAUUAAAAGUGAAGUGGCGGUGGCUUCAGAACCACCCUCUAAUGUGAUGAAUAAUUUUUCGGAUAUUGGGUGUCAUACUAAGGUUGCAACUCAAAAUACACAACCACAACUUGAUGUGCCAUCAGGCAGCUGUGGCCAAGGCAAUCAGAAUGUCAGCACUAAUUUUUCAGUAGGAACUUUUCCUUCAUUCGGUGUUGGAGAUGGUGAAGGUACUAAUAGUACUGCUAAAAUGGGAGAUGUUCCUAAAGCAUCACAAAUACAAGUUCGUAUGAAUAGUGAUCCUUGUUUGGAUGGUUCGCAUGAUGAUUCUAAUGGUGACGCCCCACAUGAUGCAAAUGAGUCGGUUGAGACAACAGAUUCUGGAGGUAAAAGUGAUGGUGAUGAACAACAGCAAGCGGAGGAUGUUUCUAACGGACCAGUUCAAAUGGACGUUAACAUAGGAGAUGUUCCUACAGUAUCACAAAUACAAGAUCGUGUGAAUGGCUCGCAUGAUGAUUCUGAAGGUGACGCCCCACAUGAGUCACAUGAGAUAAUAGACUCUGGAGGUAAAGGUGAUGAUGAUGAUCAACGGCAAGCGGGGGAUGUUUCUAACGUACCAGUUCAAAUGGACGAAUUUUCAUCACUCUCAGAACUUCAAGGUCGUCCUGAGGUGUUUGCUUCUACCUGUGAGUCUGAGAAUCUUGAGUCUAGAGUAUGGAUGGACUGGAAGACAGACCUUAAGUCUGGAAUGCUAUUUGCAAGCAAGGAGGAUUUGAAGAGCGUUGUUAUAUUGUGGAAUUUGCAACACAACAGGGAGUUUUAUGUUUUGGAAUCAUCGAGAAAUGCUUGGAAGGUUGUUUGUGGGCAGUGGGAGUAUGGAUGUAGCUGGAUGCUUCGAGGUAGGAAAACUCCAUCAAAUCUAUGGAAGGUGGGAUAUCAAUCAAAAGAAGAUCUAUGGAAGAUUGGAAAAUACGACGGGCCGCACAGUUGCCAAAUGCAGGAGCCGUCUGAGAUGGUUUAUAAUAGAUCAUUUAGUCGUCAAGCAGAAAGAAUGAAAACUACCCAUAUUCGAUACGCAAUGGACAUAGGUCAUUCAACUUAUCCUAAUUCAUGUGGAAUUUGUAAAGAGACUGGGCAUCACUGGCAUAGUCACCGGUAA